UCGCAACACCUUGAACGAUUAACAGCCCACGCAUACCACUACUACCACGCCCCCCCGCAUCCCAACGAGAUUGCCGCGGCCCAAGCGACUCUGAAGAGAGGAAUCGACGAGGAUUGGCAAUCUAGCGUUCAGCGGUACCCAGAAGUGCUAGAAUAUUUUUACAGUUUGGUGGAAUUGACCCUCCCACCCGAUGACGAACCUGCAGUCAAAGACCCUCCGUUGAGUGCCUUAAGCGGAUCACGGAAGGUUAGCAGACGGGGCGGUGCGUCAACGGCUACGGUGGCAGGGGAUACCUUCCACGAGAGGGAGCGGGAACGGAACCCUCUUGCAAGAAGGACACCCCCGCCCCCUAUGGACAGAAUUGACAGGAUAGAUAGGAGGACGCCGGGACCGGUUGCGAACCCACUUGCACCGCCACCCGGCCCUCAAAGAAGGCAUAGCACCUACCGGCCGCCGACCGCACCGCCGACUGCUUACUUCCAGACCUACUGACUUAAGUAGUAGUUGGAGUGAUAGUUGGAAAAUAUGGUUAAGAGCUUAUCUCAUCUGGCCGGCCGUGACCUCGACACCUUUACGCCUGGACUAUCCUACCCUUUCCGCCACUCUUGUAAAAUCGGAUCACAGCACAGCUUGCAUAUCUAUCUAUCUACACACGACAUAUUUUAUUUCUUUGAAUUAAUUCAAAAAGAAGAACCAAACUAUAUUCAUGAGACCACGAAAGCGCAUCAUGACUACCGUAUCUGUUGCAUGGAUGGGAGGAGGGAAAACGUCCCAGAUACCAUUUCUUUUCUGCAUAGCGGCGAGACAUCUGCUCUUUUUGACAAACUGUUCACACAAGACACAACUCAACACAUAUUCUAUUCAUUUUGUUCUUGUUUUCCUUGAGGAGCUGGUUCUACUUCGACCUUGGGAGUCAUUUCUAAGACGGGUGGCAAUUUCUUCCCCGGGGAUUCGAUUGGGCGUACGGAGUGUUCCACGGGUAUUGGUUGGACGAGCAAGGGCAAGGAUCCGGCAAGCUUCAUUUCUCACUUGCCUUUUGGUUGCUCACUUGUUUCACUUCUGUGAUGUAUUUGUUGUCCGUGCCCGCUGUCGGCACAUAGGGACGGAGAUUUUCUACCUGCGCGAGAGGGAGAGAGCGGAGCUACGAUAUACCUAUCGACUUAUCAUCCAAGCAGAGCAGAGCGAGGUACUUUAGUCAAAUCAAUAUACAACAAAGUUAAUGAAACAUUGUCUUAGUCAAAUCAUGGCUCGGAACGACCCACGGGUAUGGGCGUUGGCAGGCAAACGCAUGUGCGUUUCUUUCUUUUCUCUCGUUUCUCUUUUGCACUCGGGCUCGGCUUGGUAGGGUAGACAGACGUGGUCACCCUCCAGCCGGGCAUCAAAAGCAUCAGAUCAGAUCAGGUAGGGCACGGCAGUAGGAGUGAGUGAGUGAGUUUCGAGCUGCUUCUGCUUGCUGUAGCUGUAGCUUGCCGUUCAGUCACGCGUCUCGGUGCUCCCCCGCCCUAUGGCGAUGCGGCUGACACGUAGGCGACGGGAAGUGGGCGAGCCUUUUAUAUACAUGUACGUACAUAUAUACCUACCUACCUACCUUAUAUGUGAUAAGCGGUCCCUGGCUCGGGAUGUAAAUUAGCGA